AUGCCUCCGCUCAACAAAAAAGUGGUCGACCUAGGCGAAGGCUACGGCAACUUCAAAUGCGGUCCAGACGAAGACCUAAUCCCCAUGAUCGACCAUGCCAACAUAGCCUGCGGCUUCCACGCCGGCGAUCCUCUCAUCAUGCAGCAAACAGUCAAGCUCGUCAAGGCGCACAACAUCAAAGCCGGAGCACAUCCCGGCCUCCCAGACAUCCAAGGCUUCGGGAGACGAGAGAUGAAGCUCACGCCAGAAGAGCUCACAGCAAUGGUCCGCUACCAGGUUGGAGCUCUGCAGGGUUUCCUUGAUGCCGAAGGUGUGCCGCUUCAUCAUGUUAAGCCACAUGGGGUGUUGUAUGGGAUGAUGUACCGAGAUGAAGAGGUUUGUCGUGCUGUGUAUGAAGGCGUGCCGAAAGGGGUGCGCGUGUUCGGUCUUGCUGGGACCUUCCACGAGAAAGUCGCCAAAGAAUUGGGUCUCCCUUUCACCGCAGAGCUGUAUGGCGACGUCAAGUACAGCAAAGACGGUCGAUUGGUUAUUGAUCGUAAGAAGAAAGCAUGGACGAAGGAGGAGACUGAGAACCACAUCUCCAGCCAAGUCCGGAACUCGAGCGUCACUGCCGUGACAGGGGAAGAUGUUGAACUUCCAGUGAAUGCGCACGACCAAAUCUCGCUUUGCUGUCAUAGCGACAGCCCAGGUGCGAUCGAGAUAGUGACAGCGGCGAGGCGCAUCGUAGACGCCUUCAACAAGCAAAUGGGGUACUAA